GCCUGCAAAGUUUGGUUAAUGAUGGCUGGAUGUUGUAUGUCAGCCGAGGAGAAGGAUAAUCACAGAAUCAAUCAGGAGAUUGACAGGCAGCUGCGACAGGACAAGAAAGACUCGGGCAGUGAACUCAAACUGCUGCUAUUAGGUACUGGAGAGAGUGGGAAGAGCACCUUCAUUAAACAGAUGAGAAUCAUCCAUGGUGCCGGCUACUCAGACGAGGACAAGCGAGGCUUCACCAAGCUGGUGUACCAGAACAUCUUCACUGCCAUGCAGUCCAUGAUCCACGCCAUGGAGACCCUCAAUAUCCCCUUCCUGGAGGCCCAGAAUAAGGGCUAUGCCAGCAUGUUGAGCGAGGUGGAGGUGGACAUGGUGAAUGAUCUGGAGAGAGGCCAUGUGGACACCAUCAGGAGCCUGUGGAGGGACGGUGGAGUGCAGGAGUGUUAUGCCCGCCGCAGGGAGUACCAGCUAUCUGACGCCGCCAAAUAUUAUCUGAGUGACCUGGACCGGAUCGCAAAGGCCUCCUACCUUCCCACUGAGCAGGACAUCCUGAGGGUCCGAGUGCCGACCACGGGAAUCAUCGAGUACCACUUUGACAUGGAAGAAGUAAUCUUCAGGAUGGUGGAUGUGGGGGGUCAGAGGUCAGAGAGGAGGAAGUGGAUCCACUGCUUUGAGAACAUCACGUCCAUCAUCUUUUUGGCCGCGCUCAGCGAAUACGACCAGGUGCUGGGUGAAUGUGACGAGAACUGUAUGGAGGAGAGCAAAGCACUCUUUAAGACCAUCAUCACAUACCCCUGGUUCCAGCAAUGUUCUGUCAUCCUAUUCCUUAACAAGACCGACAUCCUAGAGGAGAAGAUCACGCGCUCCCACCUUGUCAACUACUUCCCAGAAUACACUGGGCCGCAGAAUGAUCCUAAAGCAGCCAGGGAGUUCAUCCUGAAGAUGUACCAGGAGCAGAACCUAGACAGAAAGACUGUUUACUCCCACUUCACCUGUGCCACUGACACAGAGAACAUCCGCUUUGUGUUUGCUGCUAUCAGAGAGACCAUCGUCAAAAAUCACCUCAAGGACUUCGCCAUUAUUUAGAGGAGAGCUAAGGCUCCUGUGAGGUUAGGAGACAUCUAGCCUGGUCCCAGAUCUGUAGCAUGUGCUACAACUCCUCUAACUGUCAUUGACAUGAGUUGGUUAAAGCACAUACAGAUCUAGGAUCAGGCUAUGAGACUUGAGAGUAUAUGUAUAGGGUUAGGUUGGAACGUUAGAUUGAUGCGGUAGAAGAAAAUGCUUUGACUGCAAGAUUUGUAGCAUGGGUUGGAACCGGUUCAGGGAACAGAACCGAAAACCGGAAAAUAACAUUUUUCAAGGAACAGAAACAGAACUGGGA